UCUUGGAACAUCCUAACCUCACUAAAGCUCUCGUCACUGAAUGCAAUCAAAUCCUUGCAGCAAUGCCCAAAAUCUGGAAGAAAUUUGAUAGAAACAGAUCCCCACACUCCACUAAAAGCAUGAUGAAGUCAUUUUUAAAAAAAAAACAGGAUUUCAGAUAAACCACAAAUGCUGGUGUCCCAAUACUUUUGUCCAAAUAUUGCAUUACCUACUGUAUUAAAAUAGACACACUGCAUGCAUGCACUCAUUAUUUGAGAUCACAUAAUCAUCACCAGUGUCAAACUUUCCUAUGACUCAAAGCAUCACACAUUAUAACCUAAAAUGCUUUAGACGUGAGUUAAUGUUUAACAUUAGACCAUUCAUAUGCUCAGCUCCUUUUAUUUGCGCUUAUUAAACAAACAUAAGAACAUUUGCAGAGGGCAUAUGCACUCGACGGACUCGACGGACAAGGUGAGUCUACAUUCAAAACAGAGGCUGCAGUCCAGAUUUAGUGCAGGGGAUUCUGGGCAUGAAUAAUGAAAAGAUGCUGAUAGAACUGAAGGAGAGUGUAUAUGUUAGACUCUAUAAACACAACCCCAUGUGGUUUCCUGGAUUGCUCUUGGCUUUGUCUUCACCAGGGGGAGGGCAACACUGAAAGACUGGGCAGGGGUCCAGUUUUACAGCGAGACGUAUGGGUUAUGUUUAGAAAUGGUGCAGUACAGAAAAACACUGCAUACGAAACUGAGGUAUUAGAUGGUUUUCCAUCCACCAUGUCUUUGUGAAUUUUGAAAUGUGCAUAAAAAUGCUAGAAUGAGGUGAAAAAGUCAGAAUAUUGCUAAAGAUGAAAGGUUUAAAAAUCUGUUGAUACAUUUACAGUUAUUUGAGUUCAAAGUAGGAGUCUUAAAAACAACACCAGUUGAUAUAAUUGAAUUUAUCUACUUUUAAAUGUGCCUAAAGUGUGUUAAAUCAUUUUUAAAAUGGGUGGCUAGGUGUAAAGGGGAUCAUUUUUCUCUAUUUCUCCUUGGAUGUACACUUAUCUUAUUUGGUUUCAUUAAUUUUCCAGCCUUCUUGCUACCGUCUUUUAGAGAAAGUUAGCAUGUAGCUGACUGUGGUUCUUUGCUGACUGGGCAUUACAUUGAGCACCCAGAUAUCUAAUACUGUCAUAGCCCAACUCUAGCUCACUCUCAAACUUUCACCAGGCUUACGUACCACCAUGGAAUUACGACAGUGAUUUUGGCUGAAUAUGAAUCCAGGAACUCAACCAUAGCUGAGUAUAAACAAAUUUCACAUGCUCAGCUGCAUUUGAGCCACAUGUGGACCUGAGUUAAAAUCCCAUGACCGUUUUUAAAUAAGGCUGCCACAGCUGGGACAGUUUUGGCCCACAAUACAUUUAGCAUUGCCAAAACUACACUGGUCAGAAUAACCUGAAUAAUAAAAUCUGCUCAUUUUCAACAAUUUCAUUUAUUUAAUGAAAGUUAAGUUAAUUCAGUUGGACAUGUGAACACAUUUUGAGUCAUUAUAAUUUUAUUUAUUUAUAGUUUUCACCCAAUUCUCUCCCAAUUUAGCUAGGCCAAUCGUCCCACUUAUUUAGCUGCUACACACUUGUAUAUCCCACAUCACUGGUGAUGCCACAACACAAAGAGGGUGAAGACUUGAACAUGCCUCAUCCAACACGUGAAGUCAGACUCCGCCUCUUUUUAAACUGCUGCUGAGUAUGCUCUGGAGCAGAGGUCACUAAUAGGCGAACCGUGGUCCGGGUCCGGACCCAAACAUUGUCCAAUGCGAACCCAAACCGAUAAACUACUGAGGGACAGCCCUCAGAACAUGACAACGCAUGCUGGAAUUUGAACUUGGGUUAGUUUUGAGCUCUGCUCAUGCUGUCGGAUUUUACCUAAGGCAAAAUGUAUCCAGUUUUGCAGAAUAAGCAAUACUCCUUUGCUGGACUCUUUCUCUGUGUUUCUGUUCUUAUUCUGAGCUGUGAAAGCAGUAAAAUCCUGAUUUAUCCUGUGGAUGGCAGUCACUGGGUGAACAUGAAGGUGCUGAUUGAGGCGCUACACUCCAAGGGGCAUGAAAUCACUGUGCUGCGACCCAGUUCCAGCUUCUACCUCAAAGAAGACCCUUCACUGUUCACGUCUAUCAUAGUCGAAGAUGGCAUUGACAAUAUAGGAGAUUUUUUUGAGGAGUAUUUAAACACGAUGAUCAAAAUCCAGAGAGGUGAGGCUUCAGUCAUGACUUUCUUGAAGAUGCAGGUGGAUUUUUUCUCCAUGAUCUCUCAUGCACAUUUGUUGGCAUGUAAUACGAUAAGCAUGAUCAUUGAGGAUAAGGAGCUGGUGAAGAGACUACAAGAUGAAAAAUAUGAUCUUGUUUUAACUGAUCCAGCUCUCACUGGUGGUGUUCUUUUGGCUCAUUACUUGAACUUACCCUUUGUUCUGAAUGCUCGUUGGAUCACCAGUGGUGAAGGUCACUUCGCCAUUGCACCAUCACCUUUGUCCUACAUACCUGUACCAGGUACUGGCCUCACAGACAAAAUGACCUUCACUCAAAGAGUCAAGAACUUCCUUUUUUAUUCAAUUAUCCUUUUCCAGCAGAAAUUUGUUGUAGGGCCUCAUUAUGAUGCUCUAUGCAGUAAGUACAUUGACAACAACUGUGACAUUGUCAGUCUUCUCCAGGAGGCCGAUAUUUGGCUCAUGAGACUCGACUUUGUAUUCGAUUUCCCCAGACCCACCAUGCCCAAUGUGGUUUACAUGGGUGGGUUCCAGUGCAAGCCUUCAAAACCCCUCCCUCAGGACUUGGAGGCCUUUGUGCAGAGUUCAGGAGAACACGGCUUCAUCAUCAUGACGUUGGGAACAUUGGUAGAUGGUCUUCCAGCUGACACAGCAGAGGAAAUCGCUGCUGUGUUCUCAAAACUUCCACAAAAAGUCAUCUGGAGACACCUAGGAGCUAAACCAUCCACCUUGGGAAACAACACUCUGCUCGUGGACUGGAUGCCACAGAACGACCUCCUGGGACACCCAAAGAUCAAAGCUUUUGUAGCUCAUGGAGGAACCAAUGGAGUCCAGGAAGCCAUCUACCACGGAGUUCCCGUCCUCGGCAUCCCUCUGUUCUUUGAUCAGUUUGAUAACCUCAUGAGGAUCCAAGCCAAAGGAGCUGCAAAGAUACUGGAGUUAUCUCAGCUGAAUGGACACAAUUUUGAACAGAUGAUACUGGAGAUUCUCAAUGAUGAAUCCUACCGGAUGAACAUGCAGCGACUCUCCAGAACACACAGGGACCAGCCUAUGGAACCUCUAGACACUGCUGUCUUCUGGAUUGAGUACGUUAUUAGGCAUAAAGGAGCUCCUCACCUGCGCACAAAGUCCUACAGGAUGCCGUGGUACUCCUACCAUUCACUGGAUGUGAUUCUGUUUCUGUUUAGUAUAGCAGCAGUGACUGUUUUCAUGAUAGUAGCGUUCAUUAGAUAUGUGUGUUGUAGAGCAUGUUGUAAAAGAAAAGUUAAACAUGAAUGAAUUAUCUUAUUUGUCAUUGUUAUUCUUGACUAAAUUGUGACAGAUUGUGAUCUGUACACUGUGUAAAUAAUUCUGAAUGAAUAGACCAAUAGAAAUAGAAGUGUUGUAAAAGGUCCCUACUUGAGUGAAAGUGUUGGAAUAAAGACAUCCCACCUUUCAUGUAAAA